AUGUCAUCUUUAUUUACAAGUUUCUCAUUUUCAAAAAAAGAGGAUAAUAAAUUCGAUAUUUCUUCAAUAAUUAUCUCCUUUAUAACGGUUUGCGCUUUAUCAACUUUUUGUGGUUUAAUUUUCGUCAUAAAUUUUACCGGUUGGUUUGUUAUAAGCAUCAUUGGAGGUACCAUAACAAAAGGUCGUCAAGGAUUAUUUAAUUAUCUAAGUGGAAAAAGUGGGAAAAAAAAUAAUUUGGACAAUAUGUUGGACCAUCGCUUAAAUUCUCGUCAUCUCAGUCAUUUUGAAGAUUUUCAUUCAUCUUCAUUAAAUAGUUUACCUUCUAUGCCAAGCUAUCGUUCUAUCUCUAAAUCAAAUAAGAGUAUAAUAAAUUCGAAUAAAUUCGACUCACUUUUAUCAUUGGAUUUCUCAUUUGUUGGGUUAACCGGUGAUAGUAAAUCAAAAAAAUCUCAAAAGAACCUUAAAGUUCUACCUCCAUCCGAAUAUUCUCAAAAACGUAACGAGAGACACACUCCUGAUAUUCCAUCACAAUUAGGUCCAAAUAGACCAAAAGAAUGGAAAUCAGCCAUGGAUUAUUAUCCAAGCGAACGUCAUUCUCAUCAACCAAAAUCAAAGCCAAAACUUUCUGUUACAGACAAGAUGAUCGAAUCAACUGCCGCAUAUCGCGUGGGCAAAAAAUGUAGUGGUUGGAUAAAUGGUGAUGCUGAAGAAUAUGCAAUUAAAAAACAACAACGACAAAUGGAAUCAAUGAUGGAUUGUACAAGUAUCAAUUCAGACGAUGAUCCAUUCUAUUCAAAUGAGCCAAUCAAAGAUUUGAAUGUUCGGUUAGAUCAAGAAAGACCAAAGAUUACCAAGAAAAAUCGACGAAUUUCUCACAAGUCUCCUGCAAGUUCUUUACAACAUGCAAGGCAAUAUUUAACCAUUUUAUUAAAAAUCAAAAGAGGAAUGAACUUAUAG